AUGUCGUUGAUACGCUGUGGCCAGUUUCGAGUACUACACUGUCCACUCAGCACUCCAGUGUUGGCACGGCGGCUGAACGCACCCCCUGGCGCUUUCCCAUCAAGGACAGAUCCGCGACUUUCAUACAGGCGAAGUUGGUCGCGUGUGAUCAGGACAGCUGCCGCCACCCCUCUACAUAAACACGAUCCUUUACUAUCAUCGACACGCAAUCACUCUCCAGACUCUCCUUCGAUAAUUGGUAACAGACCAAGAUACCAAGCCGCAAUGGCGACAGAACAAACGCAGAAGCGCGGGCACGCGGGCCACCACCACCAUCAUCACGACAAUACCUACCUCGUCUCGACAAAUAAGAACGAUGCUGGAGUACGGAUCACAAGGAUUGGAUUAUGGUCGAACUUGGGCAUGGCCAUUGGUAAAGGCAUCGGUGGGUACCUCUUCAAUUCGCAAGCAAUGGUCGCAGAUGCGUGGCAUUCGGUGACGGAUCUGGGCAGUGAUAUUCUCACUUUGGCAACCGUAUCAUGGAGUCUGAAGCCACCAACUACGCUGUUCCCAACUGGAUUUGGCAAAGUUGAGAGUUUGGGAAGCUUGGGUGUUAGUGGGAUGCUACUCGGCGGCGGCUUGUUCAUGUGCUAUAGCAGCUCACUGAUCCUGUACGCCCAUUUCAUGUCCGAUCCACAUGCGGCAGCGGAGCUACUCGCCCAUACGCAUUCACACGGACACAGCCAUGGCGGCCAUGGCCAUGAUGCUAUUAUGCCGAGUUUGCACGCGGCGUGGCUGGCUGCAGGAACUAUUGCGAUCAAGGAGUGGUUGUAUCAAGCCACCAUGAAAGUAGCACGCGAACGCAAAUCCUCCGUCCUGGCUUCAAACGCUGUCCACCACCGCGUCGACUCUCUUACUGGUAUCGUGACACUCUUCGCCAUCCUCGGCGCCAACUUCCUCAACAACGCGGCCUGGUUAGAUCCUGUCGGUGGCCUUCUCAUCUCGGUCCUCGUCAUCCACGCCGGCUUUGGAAACUUUGUUUCUGCAUUAUACGAACUCGCCGAUAAGGGUAUCGAUGAGGAGGUCCAGGCAUCAGUAAGGAAAGCUGCACUUCAAGGUAUUGCCGCAUUCCCAGACGGACUCGAGAUUGAGCUCCGUGAUGUUCAGGGUGUCAAGUCGGGCCCGAACUUCUUCGUGGACCUGGAGCUGGCGGUACCAAACGAUUGGACCGUGCAGCAAACAAUGACAAUUGAAGACGCAAUCCGCACGACGGUCGGGUCUAAGGUCCGUAGCGUUCGAAGAUUGAAGAUGCGCUUCAUUUCAAAUGACGCCAAGACAACCCUGUUCGAUGAAUUCAUUCCAGGAGACGUCAGCCCAAGGGAGUCGCCGGAGCCAGAAAACCAUAACCACGAUGAGGACAAGAAGUCGCAGUAG